GUGUCGCGAGUUUUAGAUAAACUUUGUGUUCCUGUGAACCCUAAUUAGGUUCUUUCUGCCGGAUCAACUCAUUUCAAUUGUUGGCAGAAACCUCAAAUUUCAGGAAAAACCCAUUGCUUUUACAGUUUUAAACAUCCGAAUGGGACUUUGCUUCUCUUCAACUCCAAAAGAAGAAGAUGAGCCUGACCAUCAUGCGCAAUUUGUGGGAGGUAAUGUGAAUCUCAUCACUACCAAGGAUGCUUGGGACAAAAAGCUAUCGGAAGCAAAGACGCAAGGCAAAAUAGUGAUUGCCAACUUUAGUGCAACUUGGUGUGAUCCUUGCAAAUCAGUUGCACCAUAUUACGUUGAGCUUUCAGAGAAGCAUCCUUCUCUUAUGUUUCUUACCAUAGACGUUGAUGAAUUAACGGAUUUUAGUAAGCAAUGGGAAGUAAAAGCUACGCCAACGUUCUUCUUCCUUAGAGACGGACAACAAAUAGAUAAACUUGUGGGAGCCAACAAGCAUGAACUGGAAAAGAAGAUAACCAAUAUACUCGAGGAUUCGAAUACAACUCAUCACUAGCUGCCUUGCCCUGCCCGGCUGGUUCGGGUUAUAAUUUGGUCAACGGUUGGUUAUGUAUUUAAUCAUGUAUAGAAAUUUCGGUGGGUGAGUGUUGUGUGUAUGCGAAUGUAAUGUUUGUAAAGCUUAUAAACACCUUGUUCUAUGUUUACCAAAAAGAAAGUUUCUCAACA